UGAAAAUAGAAAGGAAAACGGUGUAAUUGGAGAAAAGGAAGAAGAUGGGUUGCUUCGAUUGCUUCGAUGGAGGCAGCAAAAGAGAACAAAGGAGAGAAGAAGAACAAUUAGCCUCCGAAGAAGCUCGUGCGAGAGCUGCCGAAGCCGCCCAAAAAAGGCAAGAACAAUAUGAAAAAUCUGCUGCAGGAAGAGCAGCACGUGCACAAAUGGCAGCUGCUGCCAAGCAAGCAACGAAUGCGAACCAAGGAGAACCAGUUCUUAAAUGGCAGAUGGGAUGAGCAUUAGCUCUCUUAGGUCAACUUCUUCCAUUCAUUAUCUUCUGUUAUUUUGUGGUCAUCCUUCAGAUGCCUCACAGUAGUCCAUCUUUAAAUCAAACCAGUCACAGCCUUCCCAACCUUUUCUUCCAAUGGAAGUGUUACUGUUUCCGAGUUUUGGCGAAAACAUCUUAGGUAUCUCGUCCUCUCUUUUUCACAACAGAUGAAUGAAGUGUUCGUCUUUGUAUGAAAAACUACAGUGCCUUCACUGUAUCUUCUUUGAAUGCAAUUCAAAGUAAGACUCUGUGACUGAAAUACAGGGGAGACACCAAGACUUGUUUAACUUUACUGAACAUCUUUCAAGUUGUUUUACGUUUGU